AUGCAGGCCGUUCUUGCUGGUCUUCUCGUCUUAAGCGUUGCCGUUACCGCCAACCCAUUGUACUCCAUCAGCAUACCGAAGGCUGCCAACUCCAGUGUCGUCACCGUCAUCAACUGGAUCGUCGAGUCAGGCCUGAAUAGUACUGAUUCCUGGACGCUUCGAUUAGCUGGAGACUCGGCUUGCGGCAAGUGCCCUCUGCUGGCGCCCACCAAAUUGUCAUCCUGGCCUAAUACCUGUAACACCUGCGUCGGUAGCUUCUGGGAGGAACUGAAGAAAGUAAAGGGAUGCCAUACCUGCCGCAAGAUAAAUUGGCACUGCAAGAAGUGUCAGAAGCACCUCAAAAGUACCUAUGACUCACAGCUCGCCUUACGGAACAAGUAUUCAACAUACUACCUCAAUUACAUCCGUUUCGUAUGA